AUGGCUUUACUACAAAUUCACUUUGUUCUUCUCAUUAGUCGCCAAGGAAAGGUUAGAUUGACCAAAUGGUAUUCUCCUCAUUCCCAAAAGGAAAGAUCUAAGAUAAUUAGGGAGCUUAGUGGUGUAAUAAUAAAUCGUGGUCCCAAGCUCUGUAACUUUGUGCAAUGGAAAGGACUUAAAGCUGUUUAUAGAAGGUAUGCAGGAUUGUACUUUUGUAUGUGCAUUGAUGAGGGUGACAAUGAACUAGAGGCUCUUGAUAUUAUUCAUCACUAUGUUGAAAUAUUAGAUCGUUAUUUCGGCAGCGUUUGUGAGCUAGACUUGAUCUUCAAUUUUCACAAGGCUUAUUACAUAUUGGAUGAGAUAUUGAUUGCUGGUGAGCUUCAAGAAUCAAGCAAGAGAACAGUGAUCCGGUUGAUGUCUACACAUGAUUCCUUAGUGGACAUGGCUAAAGAGCAAGGUAGUUCCAUAAGUAACAUGAUUGCUCAUGUCACCAAAUAG